AGGCCCCCGGGGGCGGCGCGGACCAUGGCGCGGAGACCUGGGGCGCCCGCCGCCUACGGGGAGGAGUUCUCCUUCGUCAGCCCGCUGGUGAAAUACCUGCUGUUCUUCUUCAACAUGCUCUUCUGGGUGAUUUCCAUGGUGAUGGUGGCUGUAGGUGUCUAUGCCAGGCUGAUGAAGCACGCAGAAGCAGCCUUGGCUUGCCUGGCACUGGACCCUGCCAUCCUGCUCAUCGUGGUGGGCGUCCUCAUGUUCCUGCUCACCUUCUGCGGCUGCAUAGGAUCUCUGCGCGAGAACAUCUGCCUUCUACAGACUUUCUCCCUCUGCCUCACCAUCGUGUUCCUGCUACAGCUGGCUGCUGGGGUCCUGGGCUUCGUCUUCUCAGACAAGGCUCGGGGGAAAGUGAGUGAGAUCAUCAACAAUGCCAUUGUGCAUUACCGAGAUGACCUGGAUCUACAGAACCUCAUUGAUUUUGGCCAGAAGAAGUUCAGCUGCUGUGGAGGGAUUUCCUACAAGGACUGGUCCCAGAAUAUGUACUUCAACUGCUCAGACGAUAACCCCAGCCGUGAGCGAUGCUCUGUGCCUUACUCCUGUUGCUUGCCUACCCCAAACCAGGCAGUGAUCAACACUAUGUGUGGCCAAGGUAUGCAGGCUCUUAAAUACUCGGAAGCUAGUGACGUCAUCUAUACCAAUGGCUGUAUUGACAAGUUGGUCAACUGGAUACACAGCAACCUAUUCUUACUUGGUGGUGUGGCACUGGGGCUGGCCAUCCCCCAGCUGGUGGGAAUCCUCCUAUCCCAGAUCCUCGUGAAUCAGAUCAAAGAUCAGAUCAAGCUACAGUUCUACAACCAGCAACACCGGGCUGACCCAUGGUACUGAGAAUCCGUCCUGCAUCUUCUCACCACGGCGAAAGUGACACAGACCCAGAAGUGAGUGCCCUCCGCUUGGGGUUGGGGUAAAAGGCCCUCCUGAUCCAGCAGCUUUGAGGAGCUCAUCUGGAAAGAUAAUCCCUUUGGAGGUCAUGGAGGAAAAGAAGACCAGGAAUAGUGGUCCCCGGAACCAGGACUCAAAUCAUCUGCAUUUCCUAAGUGCCAAAUUACACUUUUAUCGGGGUGUCUGUAUGUUUUCUGGACCCGGACUUUGGAAUUUCUGCACAUUCCCCAGGCUUUAAAACUUAUGGAGCAAAUGCUCAGACCUUACACUGCACUUCAGUAUUUCUACCUGUUUUCCAGUUUGCAGUUCCACUGGGUUCCUAGUCUCUAGCAUUUUUCUCUUUGGGGAAAAAAUAUUAACAAUUUUUAAAAGCUUUCUCGUCGUUAUUUGAUGUUUCAAAUGAAGUUGCUCCCUGAAUUUUUGUGUUUAUAGUAACCCCAGUCUCAAAUAGGCAAGCUUAACUUCAGUACUUAGAACAGCUGAUUAAUCUAGGCCCCGAAGUGGGUGAAUAGUGGACAACAGAAAUCAAUCAGGGGAACAGGAAGGGAAGGGACAGAUGUGGAAGGCAAAGCUUGAAGACAGUGGAAGCCCUAAAGGGUGCCAGUAAGAAAGCUACUAUUAAUUCCAGUGGGCCUCAGACCUGACAAUGAAACAGGUUCUGUGUCCAAGAGAGCAAAUUUUGCAGAAAUUCUGAUUCCCUCUGUUUUGUUUUGUUUGAGACAGGGUCUCACCACGUUGCCCAUGCUAGCCUCGGCCUCCUAAGCAGGAUUACAGUCUGUAUUGGUUGUCCAUUGCUGCUAACACAAAUUAACGCCUUAAAACACAAAUUUUAUCUUCCUUAUCUGGAAGUCAGAAGUCCAAAAUAGGUCUCACUGAGCUGAAAUAAAAAGGUAUAAGUAGGACAGUGUUCUGUCUGGGGCUCCAGGGGAGAAUUGUUUUUCUAGUUUCCAGAGCCCUUUGCAUUCCUUGGCAUGGACCUGCUCUCCAUCUUCAGAACACAGCCUCUAGUUUCUGGUCACAUUUCCUUUUCCUCUGACCUUCCCACUUCCAGUACCUACUUAUAGCAGUUACAGAUUAUGUUGGGUCCACCAGGAUUAUUCAGCAUAAUUUACCUGUUUUAAGAUCCUUAAUUUAACCAAAUCUACACAAUCCCUUUUACCAUGUAAGGUAAGACAUACAUAGGUCAGGCCAGGGAUUUAGCUUAGUGGUGCUGCCACUUGUCUCACAAGAGCAAGGUCCCGAGUUCUAUCCCUGGUACAAAAAAAAAAAGAUAUACAUAGGUGCUGGACAUUAGGACAUGAGCAUUUUUUGUUUGAUCAUUUAGCUUAUCACAACUCCCUUUCCAGUCUCUUGCCUGACUUGAGGUGAGGGGUCUUGGAAAUCAGGUGAGGGCCCUUGGAAGUGAGUGAGCUAUGUGUUCCUUGGCCAUCUCUAAUCAUUACCUGACAUGGGCUGAUUGCUUACUGUGUGCCAAGCGCAUGUUUAUUGUGCAGGCUUUGUUAUUUUCUGACUCAUCUUCAUCCUGAAGAUCAGAUGUGUUUCAAAAAAAAAAAAAAGGGGGGGCCAGGGACCAGUUUCAUGAAGAGAAACAGCACAGCUUCUUCCAGCAAAAGAGUUCUCCUGGCCUGAUACUCAAAAGAUCAGGAACACCCAUUCCCUCUAAAAUAAGUUUAUGAUAAACUGGGCAUAGGGAACAUGCCUAUAACCCAGCACUUUAGGAGGCUGAGGCAGGAGUUUGAGCCCAGCCUGUUACUUAGCAAAACCCUAUCUCAAAAUUUUAAAGAGGACUGGAGUUACAAUGAAAGCCCCAGUACACACCAAAAAAAGUCUUUGGUGAUUAGAUAUUAAAAAGUGCCAUUGAUAAAGCACUUAGAGGAGGAAUAAAGUAAGGGUUAACCACAUUCUAAAACUAAGGUUGGGGCCAGGGAUUUGGCUGAAUGAUUCUGCUACCUGCCUCGCAAGCACAAGGGCCCGAGUUCAAUCCCCGGUCCCAAAAUCAAUCAAUCAAUCAAACUCAGGUUGAAAAUUAUGCUUCUAGAAUCUUCUCACUCCAUACCAGAAACCUGGUGAGUCAACCAGUUGAAUAGAGAAGAUCACAGAUUCCAGAAGUAUUUCCAAACAUCACUGCUCACUUUCUAAUAAACAAAAAACAAAACAGUAAUAAAAGGGGAGGGUAAUCACUAGUAAAAGUAAUAAAAGGUGUUAGAUAAAUGGAGUACUCACAGUAUGAAAAUAAGUAACAGAUUUGUAUUUCACAUCAUAUACUUCAGUGCAUUGCAGAAAAGUAAAACAAACAUAAAAAACAACAUCAGAAACCAGGCAUGGAGGCACAUACCUGAAAUCUCAGCACUCUUAGAGCCUGGGAAAUUUAGCAAGAUCUUAUCUCAAAAUAAAAAUAGUUGAGGCUGUAGUGCAGCAACUCACAAUGAUUCUUUUUCCUUUGGAAACUAGGCCCCUUCCACCCCUAAGCACAGUGGUGAAUUGUGAAGAGCCACAUGCGGGGAUUUAGCUCUGGUGUUGCUGCCUGCCUCGAAAGCCCAAGGACUCAAGUUUGAUCCCUGGUACAAAAAAAAAAAGUUCAAGAACCACAUGUGUACUGUAAGACCUGGUGCCCUAGACAUAGCUGACUGGGUCAAGCUUGGGCACUGCUAUUACAAAAUGCCCCAAACGAGGUGGCUUAAAAUGACAGAAACAGGGGCCGGGGAUAUAGUUCAGCAGCACUGUGCCUGUCUUGCAAGUGCAAGGUCCUGAGUUUGA